AUGGCGUUCAGAAAGCGCAAUAUUGCUGUAGGCAGGCAGAACGCCACUGCGCCAGGCGACGCUGCUCCCGAGAGCAUUCCUGGCGUCCGUCCAUCCCCCUUGACCUCUCAUCCUGUGACUUCAACAGGCACUCCAUCACUAGACAGUCUGCUUGGUGGUCACGCGGGUCUUGCUGUCGGCUCAAGCUUACUAGUAGAAGAGAGCGGCACCACGGACUUUGCAGGCGCUCUGCUGAGGUACUAUGCUGCUGAGGGCAUAUGUCAAGGUCACGUACUGCACGUGGUGGGCAUGGGUGAGGGCUGGGUGAGGGAGCUACCAGGUGUGGCAGAAGAAAAGAAGAGUAGCAGGAGUGUCAAGUCGACGGCAGACGAAGAGAAGAUGAAGAUUGCUUGGAGAUAUGAAAAGCUUGGGCAAGCAGGAGAAAGAGUCCUCCCUGUCCGCACUGUCGGCGGAAGCCCAAACAAUGUUUCCCAAACAGUGACUCCCUUUUGCCAUACCUUUGAUCUCACCAAGCGUAUCACAAUUCCAUCAGACGCAAGGGUAAACCAUAUUCCAGUCACGCCUUCUACAAGCCUCGACUCAAUCGUUCAAGCCCUGGCGAGGAGUUUGGCUACUGCACCCCCAAACACUGUCCAUAGAAUUGUGAUCCCGUCUCUCCUCAGCCCAGCACUAUACUCGCCACUCGUAGGUCGACCUGAAAGCUUCAUUGGCUUUUUCCGAUCUCUCAGAACACUCCUCCGACAGCACAGCAACAAGUUGACAGCUAUGCUAUCACUGCCCUUGGAGCUCUAUCCGCGGAACUCUGGUCUUGUGCGCUGGGCAGAGAUUCUCAGCGAUGGAGUCCUGGAACUCACACCUUUUCCGCAUCUGAUGGACGCUUCGAACAGCCUUGCAGAGAGCGGUGGUGCUCGCGAGAAGGAUGAGCAGCCGCAAGGGCUCGUCAGAUUCCACAGGUUGCCGAUCAAUACAGAGCGCGGAGAGGGUGGAGCUGGGGCUGGGAAUAGUCUGGGAGAGGAUCUGGCCUUCACUGUCAGCAGACGAAAAUUCGUCAUCACACCUUUUUCGUUACCGCCCAUCGAAGGUGAUCAGGAAGCACAGCAUGAUGCUGGGAAAGUUACUGCCAAGGAUAUGCAGUUUUGAGCAUCACUGCCCAACUAAGCAUUUGAACUCCAUCCUCGACUGGGAUCCACGAGAGAUUUUGUCACUUCAUACUAUGAAAAAGUCUCGUCCCUCUUCACUCGUGAAACUGUCCUUGCUUCACAAGAGGGUUUUCCUACAAGACAUCCGAGCAGAUGUUCAU